UUGUGCACUCAAACGAAUGUGCCUAUCGGAGGGAUUCGUUGGUCGAUUCUCUGGUUUUUAAUAAACCUGACGACUAGAUUUUCAAUGCCAUCAACGUCCUGAGAGACCAACUGUUCGAGCUUGACGAGAUCAGGAGGAAUAUGCACGUCUUCCUCAACGAAUCCCUCAAUCGAGCCAAACAUGUCACUGCAGAAAAUUUGCAAAUUUCGGAUAAAAAUGCUGCAAAACUACCUCUCGUCAAGACUUCUCAGCACCCAGAGAAUACAAACUUGAAUUUGGAAACCUUGAAGAAAGGUCCGAGCGGGACUAAUCAAUUCCACACACCUCAGCAUGUCGAGCCCGAAUCCCGCCAUCUCGAACAGUCCGGACAGACUAAAAAACGGCGGAAUAUGUUUUCCAAACAAGUUAUACAUAUUCUUCGAGGUUGGCUUCAUCAAAAUAUUGACGUAAUGAUUUAUUGUAACUUCAGCACCCUUACCCCAGCGAAGAGGUGAAGAGGGAUUUAUGCAACCAGACAAAUCUGUCGACUCUCCAAG